CAGCAAACCACUCGGCUGUGUUAGCUAAUCAUUGAACUCCAGCUUUUCCCCUUUCCCUUUAGUUCAUGCUUUAUAUUUUAAAUUUUAGACCAAGAACAAUGGGAGAAAUCAGCUUGUUAAUAGUCGCCAGUCUUCUGGGAGUCACCAACUGCAGUCCCAGUGAAGUCUUCCUUCAAAACAAAGAUGCCAACAGCAUUUUACAGAGGCAGAGGCGAGCCAAUGCUGUUUUCGAGGAGAUCAAGGGAGGUAACAUAGAGAGAGAGUGCCGCGAGGAAAAGUGUUCCUUCGAAGAAGCACGGGAAAUAUUUGAAAACAAAGAACUCACGACUGCAUUUUGGAAUGAAUAUAUAGAUGGAAACCAAUGUGAGUCCAAUCCUUGCCUAAACCAAGGUGAAUGCAAAGAUGGGAUUGGUUCCUAUUCUUGUUGGUGCCUACCAGGUUUCCAAGGGGUAAACUGUGAGAUAGAACCUUUGAAACUCUGCCACUUGGAAAAUGGCGGAUGUCACCAUUUCUGCAAAAAGGACGCAGCGAGAGGCGUGAGGUGUGUGUGUGCUCCAACCUACAUACUUGGUGCUGACCAACGUUCCUGUAUCCCUGCAGUGAGCCAGCCAUGUGGAAGAAUUGCAGAUAUCAAUGCAGUACGAUCACUUGAUGUCACCUUCGGAGCCAGGAGUAAUGAUGCACGUGACUCAGUUUUCAGUACCGUUACAGAUGAACCUCGUUCACCUAAAAGGACAACUGUGCGCAAUCCCAGUAAUGUCACAACGACCUUUAACUACACCUUCAUUGAAGAAUCGGCAGCUGAUCACACCAGAAUAGUGGGUGGUGAAGAAUGUAGAAAGGGACAGUGUCCCUGGCAGGCCAUGCUGCUGAAUGAAUUCAAGAAUGAAACAUUCUGUGGUGGAACCAUACUGAAUGAAAAGUGGGUCGUCACAGCAGCCCAUUGCUUUGUUGAUCCUGUUGAGUUUAGGGUUGUUGUUGGUGAGCAUAACAUCCGCAAACCUGAACACACAGAGCAGUACCACAGUGUAGAAAACGUGACUUUGUACCCCAGCUAUAACCCCAACCGAAGCCGGUACGACCAUGACAUUGCUCUAAUCCUGCUGAAGACCCCCAUCAACUUCACCCCCUUCAUCAUCCCCAUUUGCCUCCCGGAGAAGCACUUUGCAGAACGGGUGUUGAUGGCACAAUCGUACGGGACGGUCAGCGGCUGGGGGAGACUGUAUACGCUGGGGGAUUUUCCGCAGGUCCUUCAGAGAAUCGACAUCCCGUAUGUCGAUCGCAGUAUUUGCAAGGAGUCCAGCAAGUUCAGUGUGACCGGGAACAUGUUCUGUGCUGGCUUUCCCGAUGGAAGCAAAGAUGCCUGUCAGGGAGACAGCGGAGGACCUCAUGUCACCAGGUACAAGAACACCUGGUUUCUAACAGGUAUUGUCAGCUGGGGAGACGGCUGUGCAGUGGCCGGGAGGUAUGGAUUCUACACCAGGGUAUCCAAGUAUUAUGCCUGGAUUAAAAAACAAACAGGGAUUUGAUUUACACCAAAGAGCAGCACUAACACACGCUUGGCAUUCAAUAGCCCAAAGCUUUCACAAAUGGAAUAUUUCUAAUAUCCAAGAUCAAACACAAAGAUUUCCUGCUGAUGCUAAUUCUGUGGCUUGGCAUGAAAAAUAUGAAUAAUUUUUGGAGGUGCUUGCAAGUAAUUAUUCAUUAGUCUUUGGAAUUGGAUUUAUUUGAAUUGUAUAAACCUGUGCCAGACUCUUGUAUUGGACAAGGCUUUGAUAAUAAAAUAAAUCUGUCCAUGUGACCUUUA